CUUGUCCUCUCCGCGACCAGAGAAGCUGCUAAAAUCAUGAAAAAAUACAACGAAAGAUUAGCAAAUAUCUUCUGGCUCCGGCCUGCAUUUCAGAAGAACUCUAUGGGAAGCGGAUGGCGAUCAUUCAUGAAGAAGAAAUCCACCUCGAAGACUAGUGUUCUUCUGUUCUUCCUCUUUCUUGCCAUAUUACUUGUUGCUCACUGGUUUGACCUUUCUUUAUAUCCAGAGAAUUCCACCUACCUAAUAUUCAAAAGAAAACCAAAAACUCUUGAAUUCCCUCUAGAAUGUACUGCAUGGAACCAGACAAAUACAUGCCCAAAAAACUAUCCAACUACACACAAACCCGCUAAAGACGUCUUUUCCUCCAACCCCACAUGCCCGGAUUAUUUCCGAUGGAUCCAUGAAGAUCUACGGCACUGGAAAGAGACCGGAAUUACCCGGGAGAUGGUGGAGAAAGCGCGUAUAAAUGCGCACUUUAGGCUGGUGAUUUUAGAUGGGAAGGUGUAUGUGGAGAAGUAUAGGCAGUCCAUUCAGACUAGAGCUUUGUUUACUAUGUGGGGGUUUAUGCAGCUUGUGAGGUGGUAUCCUGGAAAGUUGCCUGAUUUGGAGCUGCUGUUCGACUGCGAUGAUCGGCCUGUUGUCCGAAGAAGGGACUACCAGAGACCCAAUGCCGGCCCACCGCCGUUGUUCCGGUAUUGUUCCGAUGGAUGGAGCUUGGAUAUUGUUUUUCCAGAUUGGUCAUUUUGGGGAUGGGCUGAGACCCACAUAAGGCCUUGGAAGAAUGUGCUAGAAGACAUCAAAGAAGGAAACAAGAGAAUCAAGUGGAAGGACAGGGUACCCUUAGCUUAUUGGAGGGGCAAUCCACAUGUGACCCCAAACAGGGGAGACCUCAUGAAGUGCAAUGUUACUGAUAAAGAUGAUUGGAACACUCUCCUCUAUGUCCAGGACUGGGAUAAAGAAUCCAAACAAGGAUACAAGCAAUCAAAUCUUGAAGAUCAAUGUACCCACAGAUACAAGAUCUAUAUAGAAGGAUGGGCAUGGUCUGUAAGUGAAAAGUACAUCUUAGCAUGCAACUCUCCAACCUUGCUGAUAACACCAAGGUACUAUGAUUUCUUUAUAAGAGGAAUGGUACCAUUGGAGCACUACUGGCCCGUUAGAGACAACGACAAGUGCAGAUCCCUUAAAUUUGCUGUGGAAUGGGGCAAUAAUCACACUGAAAAGGCACAAGCCAUUGGGGAGGCUGCAAGUCGCUUUAUUCAAGAGGAUAUGAAGAUGGAUUAUGUGUAUGAUUACAUGUUCCAUCUCUUAAACGAAUAUGCAAAGCUUUUGAAGUUUAAACCUACCAUUCCACAACAAGCCCUAGAGCUUUGCCCGGAAACAAUGGCGUGUCCGGUGGACGGAAACUGGAGGGAGUUCAUGGAGGAAUCGUUGGUGAAGUCUCCAGCCGACUCGAUUCCUUGCACCAUGCCUCCUCCCUAUGAUCCUUCGGCUCUUGGAGCCUUUUUAGAGAGAAAGGGAAAAUCAACAAGGCAAGUGGAGAUGUGGGAAAAUGAGUAUUGGGAUAAAUUGGAGAAGAAGAAGCAAUGAAGGCCUUUUUGCAUGUUUUGUAAUUCUAACUUUUAACUUGUGAUGAGUUUAGUGGUAAUUAAUAAAGCAAUAUAAGCUCGGAAGUCCAAAC